AUGCCGAGAAGGCAUCGAACAGACAAUUUAGUAGCUGCUGGCCUAAUGUCGAUGUAUUUAAAAUUUUAUGCCAAGAUUUUGAGACCUGUAAGGCUUCGUACCAACAAUUACGCCCUGUCGAUUGGGUCCGCUUGUUGUGGCAAACAACCACCUCCACCUCCACCUGCACGCCCGCCCCUAAACGAUGUUGUUCCGUCGCUGUCAUUCAAGAGCAGUACCAUUCUCAACCACGUCGCCGCCACUCGUAUUUCUUUAUUUUCUCUCUCUUCACCUCCUCGCACCACCAUUCCCUUCCUCUCUUUCUCGUCUGUUAAUUCUCCAGCCGCCUCUGACAGCGAAAUUACGGAAGAUUUCCCGUCGAAACAAGGUCCUUUAAAACCAGGAUUAUAUCUUGUGGGAACACCAAUUGGGAAUCUUGAAGAUAUAACUUUAAGAGCCCUGAGAGUGUUGAAAUCUUCUGAUAUCAUACUUUCUGAAGAUACACGGCAUUCAGGAAAGUUGCUUCAGUACUAUAAUAUUAGAACUCCACUUUUAAGCUAUCAUAAAUUCAAUGAAUCUCAACGAGAGCAAGUUGUGUUGAGGAGAUUACAAGGCGGAGAAAUUGUAGCACUGAUUAGUGAUGCUGGGAUGCCAGGCAUCAGUGAUCCUGGUAUGGAGCUGGCUAAAUUGUGUGUAGAGAAAAAUAUACCUGUCAUUCCUGUCCCGGGGCCAUCUGCUUUGGUAGCUGCUCUUUCUGCAUCUGGUUUGCCUACCAAUGAGUUCACAUUUGUUGGUUUUCUCCCUAAACAUGCUGCAACUAGAAGAGAGAGGUUGAUGGUUUCUGCGAAUAACCCAACUACUCAGGUCUUCUUUGUCCCUCCUCACAAGCUCUGUCAAUUUCUAGAAGAGACCUGUUCAAUCUUUGGACAAUCUAGGAGAUGUGUCAUUGCUCGGGAGAUGACCAAACUGCAUGAAGAAUUUUGGCGGGGUACAAUUGGGGAAGCCAAAGAAGCUUUCACAACCCAUCAACCAAGGGGUGAAAUUACACUUUUGAUUGAAGGAGUGAAAGUUAGCGAGGGUGAAGCUUUCUCUGAGUCUCAACUGGAAAAUGAGUUAGGAGAAUUGAUUUCAAAAGGGCACAGCCUCUCCAUGGCGGUCAAGUUGGUGGCAACUGGAACAUCCAUGAAGAGAAAAGCAAUAUAUUCUCUUGCACUGGAGAAAUUUGGGAAACAUGCUUCAGAUGAUAAACAUUGAUUCAGUUUCUGCUGGGACUGAAAUGGCUGGUAAUUCUCAAUUGACUUGUCUGCCUGCCCGUCACAACUGCAGAAUAUGUGCAAUUCACAGUGACUGCCCAAACAGAGCCAGUUAUUGGCUUCGCUAAAUUUUGUGCUGGCUCUGGCAGAAUGGACCCAAUUGCUUCGCUUAGCAAUUUAAACUCCAGAUUCUCCUAAUGCUAAAGUUUUCAACAUGUGCUCUUAGAGGUGGAUGGCUGGUUUUGAUUGCGGAGGAGUUUUCAACAUAUAAUGAUAUAAAUUACUGGCGUAAAAUGACACCACAUAAGAGUUUUAUGAGUUUCUUGAUUAUGUUGCCUUACAUGCUUAAUAUCCUAGUUUGGGUUGAAUCUGUAAGCGCCAACUUCUGAGUAUCUCGUCAUUGAAACAACAGACUGUAAAAAAAAUGAACAAAAGACAGCUACACAUUCCAAGUUGUUUAUAUUUUUGCAUGGUUUCUUUAUCUA